AUGUUUUCUUCUAUACUUUCUCGCCGCAUCGCCCCGACAAACUACAAGUUUGUGCGGUUCCUCGAGACAUCAGCCAAGGAAGUGAUCCUGACCCGUCACACGGGGGCAGACGCCGGCAUUCUGACGCUGACGCUGAACCGGCCCAAGGCCAAGAACGCGCUCUCGCGGAACCUGGUCAAGGACUUUCGCGCAGCCCUGGAGGAGAUCCGGUUCGACAAUGACGCGCGCGUGGUGGUCCUGCGCAGCAGCGUCGCCGGAGUAUUCUGUGCUGGCGCGGACCUGAAGGAGCGCGCAGGCAUGACGCCGCAAGAGGUGUCGCAGUUCUUGCACAGCAUGAAAAUGGCGUUCCGGGAGCUCGAGUCGUUGCCGCAGCCGACCAUUGCGGCCAUAGAUGGGGCGGCGCUGGGCGGCGGCUUCGAGAUGUCGCUGUGCUGCGAUCUGCGCGUGGCCGGGCCGCGGGCGCUGCUGGGGCUGCCGGAGACGUCGCUGGCGAUUAUCCCGGGCGCCGGCGGCACCUUGAGGCUGACCAAGUUGAUUGGGCCGUCGCAGACCAAGGCGCUGGUGUUUACGGCGCGCCGACUGGGCCCGUUCCCAGCCAUGGCCAUGGGGAUUGUUAACGAUAUGGUGGAGCACCCCGAGUGUAUGGAUGAGGGAAAGCCGGCGGACCAGGAGGCGGCGUAUGAGCGGGCGCUGGAGUGGGCGAGGGAGAUUCUGCCCAACGGGCCUGUGGCUGUGCGUAUGGCGAAGCGUGCUAUCGAUCAUGCUAGUACUGUGGAUCCAAGCACUGGGCUUGAUGUCGAGCAGCUGUGCUAUGCGCAGGUCAUUCCGACCGAGGACCGGCUCGAGGGGCUGCGUGCGUUCAAGGAGAAGAGGAAGCCAAUUUACAAGGGCUGCUGA